AUGGGGCCCGAGGAUGACCCCGAGGCGUAUCUGGUAACCUUUGAAAGGGUGGCGGCAGUAGCCGGGUGGGCACCAGACCAGUGGGCGGUCCUUCUCGCCCCCUAUCUGACGGGGCCCGCUCAGAGGGCCUAUCGGGGCCUCCCCGACGAUGAGGCCCGGGUUUACGCCCGAGUGAAGGCGGCCAUCUUGGAUGCCUUCGAGGUUACCCCGGAGACCUUCCGACGACGGUUUCGGGGAAAGGUUUACCCUCCGGGUGUCCGGCCCCGGGCUGUGGCCCAGGAGUUAAGGGAUGCAGCGACCCGAUGGCUACAGCCUGAGCAUAGAGCUCCCGCGGACAUCACGGAGCAGAUAGUCCUCGAACAGUUCAUGCAUAUCCUCCCGACUCCCGCGAGGGCGUGA